AUGAGAAAGGAGCGCAGGUCAAUCACACGGGUCUGGUGGAUUGUGAUUGUGACAGCUUUGGUCUCGCUGGGCUUCAUCAUAGGCUGGUUUGCUAAGCCUACACACUCAAACACAUCAAACACAUGUGCUUCAAGCCGUUAUCUGAGGGAGUUUCUGGAUGAAAUGCAGGCAGACCAGAUCAGGGAGCAUCUCAGGAAAUUUACAAGACUCCCCCACCUGGCCGGCACAGAGCAGAACCUAAAAUAUGCAGAGCAGUUCAAAAAAGAGUGGCAGGAGUUUGGGUUGGACUCAGUGGAGUUGGUGCCUUAUGACGUCCUGUUGUCCUAUCCCAACAAAUCACAGCCCAAUUACAUCUCCAUAGUAGAUGCACAAGGAAAUGAGGUUGUAAAAACGUCCUUAGCUGAGCCCGUCCCUGAAGGUUAUGAGGAUGUUUCUAAUAUCGUACCUCCAUACAGUGCCUUCUCUCCUAAAGGACAACCCGAGGGAGAUUUGGUGUAUGUGAACUAUGGUCGCACUGAAGACUUCUUCCAGUUAGAGAGGCAGAUGGGAAUCAAUGUUACUGGGAAAAUUGUCAUUGCCAGAUAUGGGAAGAUAUUCAGAGGCAAUAAGGUGAAGAACGCUAUUUUAGCCGGAGCAACAGGAAUCAUAAUGUUCUCCGAUCCAGCAGAUUACAGUGCUGCAGGAGUCAAGCCGUACCCUGAUGGCUGGAACCUGCCUGGUGGAGGAGCUCAGAGAGGAAACGUUCUUAACCUAAAUGGAGCAGGAGACCCACUCACACCUGGGUAUCCUGCCAAAGAAUAUACCUACAGAUCCAGCCUUGAGGAUGGAGUCGGGCUACCCAGCAUUCCUGUACAUCCCAUUGGCUACCAUGAUGCAAUAAACCUGCUUAAGAACAUGGGAGGACAGAUGCCCCCCAACAACUGGAAAGGAGCUCUUAACAUCUCCUAUAGGAUUGGUCCAGGCUUUACCGAAGACUUCAAGACCCAGAAGGUUCGCAUGAAUAUCCACACUAACAAUCAGGUAACCAGGAUCUACAACGUCAUUGGAAGGAUUAGAGGAGCUGUAGAGCCAGACAGGUAUGUAAUUCUGGGAGGGCACCGGGACGCCUGGGUGUUUGGAGCAAUCGAUCCCAUGUCUGGUGCUGCAGUGCUCCACGAAACUGUCAGGAGUGCCGGCAGGUUGCUCAGUAAAGGAUGGAGGCCAAGGAGGACGAUCAUAUUUGCCAGCUGGGAUGCAGAGGAGUUUGGUUUGCUGGGAUCUACAGAAUGGGCAGAGGAUAAUGCCAAGCUGCUGCAGGACAGAGCUGUAGCCUACAUCAAUGCAGACUCUGCCAUAGAGGGUAUGUACACACUGAGGGUUGACUGCACUCCAUCUCUGCACACGAUGGUGUACGACCUCACCAAGCAGAUAUCCAGUCCAGAAGAAGGAGAGGAAGGAGUUUCUCUUUAUGACAGCUGGCAUAAGAGAGACAACUGGACAAAUGACCGCGACGCACCCAGGAUCAGUAAACUGGGCUCAGGCAGUGAUUUUGAAGCUUAUUUCAUCCGUCUGGGAAUCGCUGCGGGCCGAGCCAGGUACACUAAGAACAAGAAAACAGAGCGAUACAGCAGUUACCCAGUCUACCACAGCGUGUAUGAAACCUUCGAACUCGUGGACAAGUUUUACGACCCGUCCUUCAGGAGACUUCGAGCGGUGGCCCAGGUGAGAGGCGGGCUCAUCUUCCAACUGGCAGAUUCCCAGCUCCUCCCCCUUGAUGCCAACCAGUACGCAGUCUCACUCGGGAAGUAUGCACAGAACAUCGCACAGCUGGCACAAGCGCAUCCGGAGAAGAUUAAGAUGUACAAGGUGUCAUUUGACUCCUUAUUUUCUGCAGUAGCGAACUUCACUGAUGCAUCCAGGGAAUUUCAUGAGCGCCUGGAAAACCUCAACAGAGGAGAUCCUCUGCAGGUUCGCAUAAUGAAUGAUCAGCUCAUGUAUCUAGAGCGAGCCUUUAUAGACCCCCUGGGUUUACCUGGCAGACCCUUUUACAGACAUGUGAUAUUUGCUCCCAGCAGCCAUAACAAAUACUCAGGAGAGUCUUUCCCUGGGAUCUACGACGCGUUGUUUGACAUUGAGAACUCAGCGGACCCAGAGAAGGCUUGGGAGGAAGUCAAGCGACAAAUCAGCAUUGCAACGUUCACCGUCCAGGCUGCCGCCAUGACGCUUACGCCACCCGCAUAAAGCACGCACAGUCUGAAGCUGUGUGCUCGAACAAUCAUGUGAUCAUUAUUUUUUACCACCUCAAUGCUAAAAGAGGAAAAUCAUCACCUGCAACACACAGAG